AUGCAUCUUCAUUCAACUAAUCUGUCAAAUGAUCUUUACUCAAUCAACACAUUUCAAUCCUCUAUAGAAAAUAAUGAUUCAAGAAGAUCUAUCUCCUCAUUGUCACAUUUAAACGGAUCUUCACAAACGUCCCCACAAACCCUACCAUCACAAGCAUCUCUCAUCUAUACAAACUCAACUACAUUGGCAAAAGCUUAUUCUUCUAUGAAAACUUUAUCUCUAUCUCAUCUAACUGCAAAACAACAUUUCUUAAUGGCUCUAUGCAGAGAUGUGUCUCUAUUACCUCCAAUCAUAAAUAUUUUCCAAUCCUUGAAAAAAUCUUGGUCUUUAUUAUCUUCCAAUCAAGACAUUUUCAAUACAAUAAAUCCAACUCAUAUAACAGCUAUGUUUUCUUUACAUUUCAAUUCUCAAAAUAAUAUAUCUUCUAUCUCAAAUAUAUCUUCAACAAAUAAUACAAUCAAUUAUGAUAAUAUACUUAUACAAUCUUUAACAAACUUAACAAGAGCAAACGCCUCAGAAUAUUUCUUAUGUUCAAUAUGGUCUUCAGUCUCCCUAUACUUAACUUAUGCUACUCUAGAUUCUCUAAUGAUACGUUGGAUAGUUAAAUAUUCCACUUUAGCUGCCAUUUUACGAAUGUUUUCCAUGUCUUUAUUAAUACUGACCAUAGAAUCAUUAUUGAUCAAUUCUUUCUCCCUAGAUUCUGAUUAUUAUCUACACGUUUGGAUAAUCAUUAGUUGUAUACUAACGAUAGUCUUCAUUUGGCAAAGUUAUAUCACUUCAAACUUGAAUUACGUAAACCAUCAAUCAAAUGAAAAAGAUAUAGAUUCAAAUGAUGAUUCAUUAUCAAAUUCUUCAUCAAAUUCUAUAGAUUCUCAUGUUUAUUCACGUCGUCAAAAAAAAUUGAAAAAAAAAAAUAAAAAAAUUUUUUUAGUUUCAAAAAAGAGAACUAUAGAUUUAUAUAAAAUUAUUGUAUUCUGUGUUGUACCUGUGGGGAUCGCAAGUUUCUUAACCAUGGUUGGAAUAUUAAGAAAUUUAUUUAUUCAAAGAAUAGAUAUAGAAGAAUUGACUUUCCUAUUAAAUGGUUCAAUGCAAAUUCAUCAAUGA